CCGAAACAGCCCUAUCCACAGCACCCGGGGAGCAGUUGAGGUUAGGUGCCUUGCUCAAGGGCACUUCAGUCACGUACUGUCAGCUCAGAGGAUUGAACCAGCAACCUUCCGGUCAUACCUCCAACCCAUGACUGCCCCAUAAACAAGCCUGUGACCCGUAUGGGGAGCGAACCGGUGACCAGAUCAUGUCUGACUGGAAAUAAACUAGAAACACCUAUAAUUCAUGAGAACUCAUAUUAUAGAGUGCUGCAGGCUUGAUCAGAGAGCUAUGGGGGUACUUGGGACAGAUUAUAGACUAUUAAUAGACUAAAACAGCUGCAUGAACAUAUGGGUUUGGAUAUUCUUGUCAUUUAAUUACAUUUUUUGUUUACAUUGAUUUGUUGACACUGAGAGCCAGAUACUAUCAUAACAUUUUGAAUGUAUUUAGACUAGCACAUGCAUAAUGUAUUUUUUAUUCUGUAGUUUGUGAUAGGGCACAUUUUCAUUUGAACCUUAUUUCUUUUUUAAAGUUUUAUUUGUCUUCCUGUGUUGUCUUCCUUUUUUUUUACUAAAAUGAAGAGUGCUAUAGAAGUUAUGGUUGUUGUUAAUUGUUAUUGUUAUUAUUAUUACUAUUAUUAUCAUUGGGGAUGCACCAAUGUAAGAACUGUGGGCUUAUGCAUAUAUGUAAUAUGUUUUACGAUGCUGAUAUUAAUGUGGCUACAUAAACAUUUAUAAAAUGUAGAAAUUAAGACUACAUCUGACUGGGUUUGCCUUACAGGGACAUAUAGCAUUAUUUCGGCAUGGUUGCAAUUGCAGUAAAAGGAAUAAAAUGCAGACAUUUUAGCUCUGUCACCUAACAUUCUGCUGUUCUGGAGUGGAAUAAAUACAUUGUCAAAUAUUGGUUUAAAAUCUUCAUCUUUCUGGUGCCAAUAUAUAACCUUUUAUUCAAAUAUCUGCUGUUUGAUACUAAUUCUGAUGUCAUUGUGUAUCUAUUAUUAUUUUCAUUAUUAUUAUCAUUAUUAUUAUUAUUAUUAUUAUAAAAAUCCAACACCCAUCACACGACCCAGCCACCACAAAGUACAGCAAUUUUAGUAUCUUCACAUAAUGUGGAAAACAGCUGAUGACCUCUUUCUUCCUUCUUCUUUAAGGCUCAUGGUAUUUUUGAUUAGUAAAUACCAACCCUUAUGGAGUGUUUUGGUGGCAAAUACUUUUCAUGUGGAUACACAAAUGAUCUUCAGGCAAUGAAUUUUUCCAUUCUAUUCGAGCGUUGGCUGGUUCAGCUUCUUACCGGACAUUAAUGAAGUGUGUUGGACAAAGUACAUGUGCUCCUUGUGUAAUAUGAAUGGGUGUCUGGGGUCUGGCCUAGUUCUGCAAGGCUGCAAUAUAGGUGUUCAACAGGGUUCCCUUCUCAUGCUCCAGUUCUCUGCACCGCAAACUCUUUCUGCUCUGUUUUUGAUGUGAUGCAUUUUGUCAUUGCCAAUUGUGUUUCCCUUUCUCUCUUCUAAUGGUGAUAAACAAUUUUUCUAUGGCUGUGUGUCUUGGUUUGAUGAAAAGGGUUUAAGUCAUUGAUUCUGUUUAACAGAAGUAAUGCUUUGUUUUUUAAUAGUCACAGACAUGAGUGCUAUUAAACGCUGAAAUGUGCAGUGAAUGUUGUAAAACAGGCCUAAGAGAGAAUACUCAUGAAUUUUCAGUGUUAGUUGCAUGUUUGUGUUCUUGGCAUUGUUGUGUUCAGACAUCACUCGAGGAGGUGAAUUUUUUUUAAUUACUGGCUUUUUUGUUUGUUUGCUGCUCUUAAUGGAUCCUCAGAGCUUAUGAUGGGAUGCCUGCUUAGAAAAUGAUGGAACGUUUGAAGGCUUAUUAAUUAUCCUCAUUAUUCUUUAUUAUUUCUUUACCUUGUGAAUAUUCAUUCCCCUGGCUUGUUCUUUGCAACUGUUUAGCACAUUGUUGGGUAGGGGGCAAAGUGCAGCAAGCUUACUGUACAACUUGAUAAUCAUUUAGCAUUUAGUUCUUUGCCUAAAUCUGUUUGUUGCUCUUAUACAGAGUUCUCUGCUUACUCAAUCCUGAUCUCCAGCAGGAUUAAGGUACCAGCCUCCAAACACCUUUGUCCCGGAUGAACUAGACCUAAAGUUUGCACCAAAGUGUAGAACAACAAACCCAUCUGACACUUCCCUGGUUGAGUACUCGCAUCAAAUAACAUCACCUGUGAAAGUAGGAGUUCUGCCAGUCCUGUGAGUGGUCUAUUCUCCACACAUAUGUCCCUAUUCAGUACUCUUGGUACUAGGGAUGCACCAAUAUGGGAAUUGUAUCUAUGUAUGUAUGUAUGUAUGUAUGCUUUAUAUUUAUUUAUUUAUUUUUAAGUAGGUAUCUGAUACAGAUAUGAUUCUGAUAUCUUCAUGCAUCCCUAUGUGAUACUCUAGCAAGAAGGGUGAAAAUAACGACUAUAAAUGGGAUCAUAGAUUUGUUACCAUGCUAUACUAUACUGUCUGGUGGAAAAGUGUUAUUCAUUACUGACAUUUUUUGGAGAAACAAGUUUCUAAACAGAUUUUGGCUUAGGUGUAUGUUUCUAGGAAAAGGCUUUAAUUAGUGAAGAACCAUUGCAUUAUGAACUAAGAAGGUUCUUUAUACUCUCACAUCUCAUCCCUUCCAUUGCGUGUUUUUUGUGGAAACCAAAAGUUCUUUUGUGGCAUAGUUUGAAAGCCUUUUUGGUGGUUUCAUUUUUGAGAGUGUAGGUGGAAGGCAGAGCUUUACAGAAUCCAUACUCUGUGCUCAGCUCUGCUGACGUAAGGGUCUUCCACGGACGGAGGAGGGGCAGAAUCAGACUCUGCGUGUUUGUGUAUGACAGAGGAGGGAGAACGAGCUGUAGGGUGAGAGAGAGAGAGGGGAUGUGCAGGAUGGGAGGGGAAAAGAGCCAUUGUCCAGCCUCCUGAGCUCUCCACAGGCAGCUAGCUGAUGGUUUCAUCUGACAGCUCGGGGUGGAAGUUAAAGGACUGAAAAACCAGGGGCUUCCCCCCUACCCCCCUCCUUUCCACUCAGUGUUGCUGUGAGUGGGUUGAAGCUCUGUUCCUCCGCAGUAGAGUCUGCCUUUUUGGCUCUUUGUCAGCACAUGAAGGUUGUAAGGUAGGCAGGCAAAGGGGGGAAAAUAUCAUGUGCACAAUAGAGCGAGCGAGUGCAGCGCAGCAGCCAUGAAAGCCCAGCGAGAGAGGCUGAGGAUUCCAGGGCUGACACUGGACCUCACUCCAAGAAGCUUGAGCCCGACUCCCACAAGCCCUUGCAGCCCAUGCAGCCCGCUGCACGCCUUCCAUUUUUGGAGCUGCAGGACAAGCAACAGAAAAAGUCUGAUAGGAAGUGGACAGUCAUCAGCCCUUCCUCGACCACACUCACCCCUUUCAUCACAUACAGGCACCAGUCCCCAAGACAGCCCCAGAAACUUCUCCCCCAGUGCCUCAGCCCAUUUUUCCUUCACUCGCAGGACCGAUGGCCGUCGGUGGUCCCUGGCAUCCCUCCCCUCCUCUGGAUAUGGAACCAACACUCCUAGUUCCACGGUUUCUUCGUCCUGUUCAUCACAGGAGAAGCUCCACCAGCUGCCCUUCCAGCCCACGCCUGAUGAGCUCCACUUCCUUUCCAAGCACUUCUGCACCGAGAGUAUUGCUGUGGAUGACCGUCGCAGGGCCAUGCCCAUGCGUCCACGCUCACGCAGUCUCAGUCCUGGAAGAUCUCCAUCAUGCUGUGAUCAUGAGAUUAUAAUGAUGAAUCAUGUGUACAAAGAAAGGUUUCCUAAGGCCACGGCUCAGAUGGAGGAGCGCAUCCAAGAGAUCAUCAGCUGCAGUUCCCCAGAGAAUGUGCUGCCGUUGGCUGAUGGAGUGCUCAGCUUCGCCCAUCACCAAAUCAUCGAGCUGGCCCGUGACUGCCUGGAGAAGUCUCGCCUUGGCCUCAUCACCUCCCGCUACUUCUGCGAGCUCACAGACAAACUAGAAAGGCUUUUCCAAGAGUCUACUGAGCGAUCAGAGAGUGUUGAAGUGACCUUCAUUAAGGAACUGGUGAAAAAGAUCCUCAUUGUCAUUGCCAGACCAGCACGACUCUUGGAAUGUCUGGAAUUUGACCCAGAAGAAUUCUAUCAUCUGCUGGAGGCUGCAGAGGGUCAUGCCAAAGAAGGGCAGGGCAUCAAGACUGACAUUCCACGCUACAUCAUCAGCCAGCUGGGUCUGACGCGAGACCCCUUGGAAGAAAUAGCCCAGUUAACCAGCUAUGAUAGUGGAAUUGCAGAAACUCCAGAGACCGAUGAUUCUGUGAGUUCCCAGAGCCUGAGUGCAGCAUUAAGAUCCCGGCGCAAACCCUGUGAGGUGGACUUUGAAAUGAUCAAACUCAUCAGCAACGGAGCUUACGGAGCUGUGUAUCUCGUACGGCACAAAGAGACUAAGCAGCGCUUUGCCAUGAAGAAGAUUAACAAGCAGAAUCUAAUGCUAAGGAACCAGAUCCAGCAGGCUUUUGUGGAGAGGGACAUUCUGACAUUCGCUGAGAACCCGUUUGUGGUCAGCAUGUACUGCUCUUUCGAGACACGCAGACACCUCUGCAUGGUCAUGGAGUAUGUUGAGGGUGGUGACUGUGCCACUUUGCUGAAGAACAUGGGUCCUCUCCCUGUGGACAUGGCCAGAAUGUACUUUGCAGAGACGGUUCUUGCCCUGGAGUACCUGCACAACUAUGGCAUUGUUCAUCGAGAUCUAAAACCAGACAAUUUGCUGGUCACUUCAAUGGGACACAUCAAGUUGACUGACUUUGGCUUGUCAAAGGUGGGCUUGAUGAACAUGACCACUAACCUAUAUGAGGGCCACAUAGAGAAGGAUGCCAGAGAGUUCUUAGAUAAACAGGUGUGUGGCACUCCUGAGUACAUCGCUCCAGAGGUGAUCCUGAGACAGGGCUACGGGAAGCCAGUGGACUGGUGGGCUAUGGGGAUCAUCCUAUAUGAGUUCCUUGUAGGAUGCGUACCCUUCUUUGGAGACACACCAGAGGAGCUCUUUGGUCAAGUCAUUAGUGACGAGAUAAACUGGCCUGAGGGAGAAGAUGCUCCACCAGCUGACGCUCAGGAGCUCAUCACACUGUUGCUCAGGCAGAACCCUCUGGAGCGGCUGGGCACUGCAGGAGGAGCCUACGAGGUCAAGCACCACCAAUUCUUCCACAGUCUGGAUUGGAACAGUCUACUCAGGCAGAAGGCUGAAUUUAUCCCCCAGUUGGAGUCUGAGGAUGACACCAGCUACUUUGACACCCGAUCCGAAAGAUACCAUCACCUGGAAACUGAGGAAGAGGAUGACACAAAUGAUGAAGACUUCAAUGUUGAGCUGCGCCAGUUUUCAUCUUCCUCACACAGAUUCUCCAAAGUGUACAGCAGUCUGGAUCUAUCCCGUGGGCAGCUGGAGGAGAAGGGAGAGCAAGCGGAGAAGAAGAGUGAGAGUCCUCUGACUGUCGACUCACUCAGCUGGACCCCAGACUUCACAGAGAUGCCAUCUCUGUCACACUCGUCUGACACUGAGAGCACCAGCCUGGGUAGGCGUUCGGGUCUGCUGCCUAAGUUUGCCAUUUCAGCGGAAGUAGAGAGCUGUGAGGGCUCACUGGCCCUGGAGGACCCCAGUAAAUUGGACUUCUCCAUCGGAGAGCUGCCUCAAGAUGAGCCUGACGCCACCACUCCCUGCAGCACUGUUAGCAACUCCACCCUUUCAGGCAGCUUCUCUGAGCACUUGGACCAGCUGCCAUCGAGGCCAGAAGGAGUAGACAGCUCAGACAGCACCUGUAGGCCAUCCACUGACACCAGCACCCAGCUGACUACCUUGAGACCUGAGGCCACUGAUAAGCCGAGCGCUGUCAGCAAAGUUCCUAAGUCAGCGUCCGCCAAUGCAUUGUCUCUCAUGAUCCCUGGUGAUGUUUUUGGUACGUCUCCACUGGCUAGCCCCAUUUCUCCGUACUCACUGUCAUCAGACCCCUCCUCCAGAGACUCCUCCCCAAGCCGUGACUCCUCCCUCUCUGCUGUCAGCUCACGUCAGCCUAUCGUCAUUCACAGUUCAGGAAAGAAGUUUGGCUUCACUCUGCGAGCUAUUCGAGUCUAUGCUUGCGACAGUGAUGUCUAUACUGUCUAUCACAUGGUCUGGAAUGUGGAGGAUGGUGGGCCUGCUCAUAAGGCUGGACUCAAGGCUGGAGACUUGAUCACUCAUGUCAAUGGAGAAACAGUCCAUGGACUGGUACACACUGAAGUGGUUGAGCUACUGCUGAAGAGUGGAAGCAAAGUUGCCAUAUCCACCACUCCUUUUGAGAAUACUUCGAUCAAAACUGGUCCAGCUAGAAGGAAUAGUUACAGGAGCAAAAUGAUAAGGAGAACCAAGAAGCCAAAGAAAGAGAAAACACAAGAGCGGAGGCGUUCAGUAUUCCGACGAUUUGCCAUGCAGCCCUCUCCGCUGCUCCACACAAGCCGUAGUUUCACCUCCUUGAACCGCUCGCUAUCCUCAGGGGAGAGUCUGCCUGGAUCCCCCACGCACAGCUUGUCUCCCCGCUCUCCCACCACUGCCUUUCGACCCACCCCUGAUUUCAACCAGUCAGGUGGCACAUCUUCUCAGAGUAGUUCACCCAGCUCCAGUGCUCCAAAUUCCCCUGCUGGCUCUGGCCACGUCCGACCGAACACCUUGCAUGGCUUAGGCCCUAAGCUGCCUGGACAGCGUCUGCGCCAGGGCCGCCGCAAAUCUGCAGGAAGCAUCCCUCUCUCUCCGUUGGCUCGAACACCAUCUCCAACCCCUCAGCCCACAUCACCUCAGCGGUCCCCAUCUCCCCUGCUAACCCACACAGUCGGAAGCUCCAAGACCACUCAGGCCUUCCCUGCCAAGAUGCACUCACCCCCUACAAUCGUCAGGCACAUGGUGCGUCCUAAAAGCGCUGAGCCCCCUCGGUCCCCACUCCUUAAGAGGGUCCAGUCAGAGGAAAAGCUCUCACCAUCCUACACAGGUGACAAGAAGCAUCUCUGCACCAGGAAACACAGCCUCGAGGUAACUCAGGAGGAGGCACAGUGUGAGGUUGCAUCCGGAGGAGAGCACACCCUACAGUGUGUGGAGGAAAACUCUUGUGAACCGCCUGCCAUUACCCGGGUAAGACCUGCUGAACAGGGCUGCCUGAAGCGUCCUGUCUCUCGUAAGGUUGGACGGCAGGAAUCUGUGGAGGAGCUUGAUAAAGAGAAGUUAAAGGCAAAAGUGGUGGCAAAAAGGCAGGACUGGUCUGAGAGACGUGAGUCCCUGCAAAAACAAGAUACACUGCAAGAGGCUGAGGCUGCCUCAUGCUCCCACCCCAAUGACGAUAAGGAAAGGGGGCAUCAUGGACGAGCCGCAGGCAGACCCCAAAACAGCACUGAGCCUGGCUCACUUGAGAGCAAAGCUGCAAAUGCCACACUAAAAGAUGUCUUAUACAAAAAGCUAAACACCAGAGCAUGUGAAGGCGUAGUGGAAUCCCUCAGCAGUACCGGGGACUGUGUCUCACUCUUAAGUGAAGGUGUCAGAUCAGCCCAAACUCCGGCAGAAAGGCAACUCUCCAGACAGAUUAAAGAGGGAAGUAAACAAGACAGGCUUGAUUUCAAAGCUCCCAACAUGGAGUUUGCUAGAAAGAGGCAGUCUUUUGAGGAACGUGAGGACUGCAUGUGUUGGAUUAACCCUGGUGUCCAUGAAAGCCUUCACUUUAAUGCCACCAGAUCCAAAAGUCUCCAGCUGGACUCUGCUUUGACAUUGGAUCAUACAAAAGGGUCAGUUGGAUGCGUCCACGCCACUCCUGGAAUUGGCACAGAGUCCUUGGGCCCUAAGCUAUUCAGUGGGCGAGGGGAGAGUGCAGUGGAGAAGCUGCAGAUGAUUUCCUCCACCGAGGGGUCCAUCAGAAAGACCUCAUCUGAGUACAAACUAGAGGGGCGACUUGUGUCUUCCCUGAAACCUUUAGAGGGCACGCUGGACAUAGGCCUGCUCUCUGGACCCAGGGUCUCCAAGACUGACACAUGUCUUUCCAAGAUGGCAGGUGGCCAGGUCAAUGGUGUUGGGCUGGCAGGAGCUCUACAGAGCCAGAGUGAGAAGCAGCUGCUAAGCCCUCAGCAGAAGCCUGUGAAGAAACAGACAUCAUCUCCACCGGGAGUGGAAAGCAAUGGGGCCAGUGUGACUUUGACCAACAAAAACACUGGAAAAGAACAACCCACGACUAAUGGAAAUAACAUCAUUGGUUCCAUUAGCAGUGAUGGUACUCAAGAGGCAAAUAAGCAGGGUGAAGGAAUCAAGUUACAGGUCAUGUCUACUAAAAUGGAGCCAGUGGACCCAGGUGGAAAAUUGGAGACGAGGUUGAAAACAGCUCAGGAGAUGAGGGCUGCCCGACACAGCACUCAUUUUGCUUGUGGGAAAACACCCUCGAUCAGGGAGGUCAGUAACGAAGACCAAGAUGAUGACAUGGAAAACCCUGAGGACAAACCUAGUCAGCAAAAUAGCACUGCGAAUAUGUCCGUGACCUGUGACCAUGUCAUCAAGGAAACCACCUCAGCACCAUCUGAUGUUGGUGUUAAAGAUGUGAGAGAGUCAGUUGUCAGUCCAGAGAACUUGAACCCAACUACAAUAUUUAACAGCCUUGAAAGCCCAGGGAAAGUAUCGAAAACAACUAGCUCAACAGUGGUGAUAGAACAGGUACAUCAAUCAAGAACAGACAAGGACAAAACAGCAGAGACACAUAUGUCAACUAUGGCCUCAGCACAGGCUCUGCCUCAAAAAGAAGAAAAAUGUUCCCAACAUCUAGUAGCAAGUGGACUGAACAAACCAGAAAGCACAGCUCAAAUCAUAGAUAAGAUUGCAGAAAAGGUACACAUAAAGACUACUGGUAGAGAUGCAGUAAGUAACACACCAGUUUUAAAUGUGGAAUCAGAACUGCCACACUCACAGGGCUUAGUUAAAGGAAAAGUUGCUGCUCCACAGAGUUUAGCUUUAUCCCCCUCAGUUGCAACCUCUGUUUCUACUUUAUCUUCACCGGAACCAGGGAACCCAGUUAUUAAAAGCCCAUUGUCUCCAGAUGCUCCUAUUCAAACCAAGCAGAGAAAAAUCAACACAAACCAAUCUCCCAAACCUGCUCCUCUUAAAGCCAUGGCUGCUGUAGUUCCCGAAUCACAACAAAGUAUAGAAAAAACCCCACAGCACUCUUUGGAAAUUAAGCCAAGUGGUACUCCAAGUACACAGCCCAAACAAUUAUCUCCCAAAACACUAAGCACUGCUUUUUCAAUGGACAGACAAACAGUUACUGAUCCGGCCUUUAAAGAUAACUCUGUUGUGACACAAAAUGCUGCUGUAGGAGUUGACAAGGGACGUAGUUCUCAAGAUCGUGAGCAAUGUGGAGGCAAAUCUAAAAACAUAGACAAGGAGCACAUAACUCACAUGAUUCCAAAAAAGUUGAAAGAUGAGUGCAGUUUGCCUGGGAAGCUUGUCAAAACUGCUAUGUCACCUGAAGAUAAAGCAAGUGAAAGUGAAAGUGUAAAGUGGAUUGAGAAACAAGGGGUCCUAGCCACUAGUCAGGCCCUCUCCAGCUCCAUAUUAAAGGAGGACACUGGUUCCAGUCCACCAAAGAUGAAAGGUACUCUUUGUAGGACUAGUGAUACUGUGCAAGUUCAGUCUGCAAGUCUUCUUGAAGAUAAGUUAAAACUCACAAGGGCUCCAGAACUGUCUAGUCAGAAGUUCAGCAAGCCAAUACUUGAUGUUUGUGGGAAAGAUACAGGUCUUGUACAGGCAACAGUAAAACAGCCACAGCAGUCAGCUACCAGUGCUCCAUCAAAACAAGGAUCUUUAAGUUCCAAGAACAAACCCAAGGUAGAGUCCCCACUAGUUACAUACCAUGGUGGCAAGGCAACUGAAGAAAGAGGGAAGCAAGAGAGCAAACCAUCAGUGCAGACCACCAUUAAAGACAGCAUAGAUGUAAAACCAAAGGAGCAGAGAGAACCUACCCUUCCUGCAUCUAGAGCACAGGUCCAGAAAGAGAUUUUGGGCCAUACUGGCUCCCAGCUUGCUUCUGUGCCAGUGCUACCUGUGCCUGCUGUUAAGGUUCACAUACCCAGUGGAUCCCCCACAGUCAAAGGCGCUGGUGCCACAGUGGAGAUGUCUGGACAGUCCAGUAGAGAGCCUGUGAGACUUAAAGUGGACACCUCAAAACCAGAUCCCUCACAGAAAGCCAACCGUAAAGACUCACAGAGGUCUGUGACGUUGGCCAAGGAAGGCACAGUACCUGACAAAGAUUCAGCUCGCCCCAAGCAGUCCAAGGAUCUCCCACGAGGUUCUAAUAAAAAGUGACAUGAGAGAUUUCGAUGGUUGCCAAAUCAACCUUUUCAAUCUUUCUUUUAAGAAAAACAGCAAGACAAACGUAUUUUGUUUCCAUGCAUUGUAUCAUAACGCCUUCCUUUCUGAGGACCGGUGAAGCUGUUACUCCAGUGUUCAAUGGUGGACGAGAGAAAAGUGUGCAAGUGUGUAUGCUAAUCAGCAGUGCUCUGUUAAUACUUUGGGUCUGAAAAGUUGUAGUUUCAAUUGUAGACCUGAUUUGCUGCUCAAAGUCCCCCCCCCCCUUGGCUCUCCCUGUUGUGCAAGGCAAGAUGCAUGUAGGAAAGUGUGCAAUCAAAUAAGCAUGGACAGAGUCUAUGCUUUUGAAAGGCAUUAAGGAUCUGUGCCAAUUGAGCCUGAGUGGAGUUGUGAGAAAUAAAGACGCAGAUGCAAUCCCAGUGCAUUUCAACAAAGUAACAUGCAUUUCUCUUGUAUUCAAACUAAGGUUGUCAAGCAAAAUGCAGUGGUUAUACAUGUGCUGAAAAACCACAAAUGAAAUAUUUGUAGCAAUGGUGCUGAUGUCUCAGCACACAAAAAAUACCACCAAAUUUGUCCUUUCUUGUUAUUGUUUUUUGUUGUUUUUGACCUACUUAGAGGCAAAGUGUGCAGUUUUGUUUUGGGUAGUGGUGCACAGAGGGAAUGCACUUUGUCCUGUGCUUCUCACCUAGAACUAUUUUAUAAUGGAAUCAUCUUACGGUUCUGGACUCAUAUCUAGUGGAAGGGGCCUUAGGAUAUUUUGGGCAGUGCAGCUUGCUGUUCUUAGCAGGCUGUGGCAAAAUUCACAUUCCUUUCACAUACAUCUCUACAUUUACUGAAGAUUAAUUUUUAUGCAAUGUACUGUACAUAGAGCAAUGUUAAUUGUACAAAGGGUGAUCCAUGGGAUCAGCUGAAUAUGAGUGUUGUAUGUUUUAUAUGUAUAUAUUUUGCUAUGUCAUAUGUUUGUAUACUGUACUCAAUAUGUUUGUUGCUCAGUGAUCUUUUCACAUGCAUAGUAAAUGUUGCCAUAUGAAAUAAGCUCAUGUAGAAAAGUCCAGAAAAGGCAUGAUUGUGGUCUCAUUUCGAAAUGAGCUGUACUUGAAAUUACAUGGACACUAAUAGCAGUUACCGCAACUCAUCUUCAAAACAUGUAUUCGUCCAAGUGAGUCUGUCUGGACAGCUGAAAGCAGCUUGAAUGUCCUCUCUUGACUGUGAUUGAUGAAAACUUAAUGGUGGUGUCAAAAGUGUGAAAAAAGGGAAAAGAUCGAUGUAGAACACUGCACAAAAGUUAUACUUUUAAAAACUGAAUGUUCAAAUUCUCCUAUGCUGUAUAUCAUAACUCUGUCUGGUUUUCCACAUAAAUUGUCAGGAUAUUAGGGCUAGUCUUUACUGUUCACCAUUAAAAACAAUGAGAAUAGCAACAUGUACUCAAUAGGAGAUCAUAAGCAGAAAAGGCUCUAAAUGAAGACAGGAUGCAUUGUGUUGUUAUGACCUUAGUCAGGAUAAGUCAGGAUUAAGGCAGUCAGGACUUUCAGCCAGCACUCCUGUGUUGUGUCUACUAUACCUGCAAUUGGUCGCGAAAUCAGUCAUGUACAGUGUGUAAUGCGUAUAUAAGUGGGACAUGUGUAAUAAUUAUCUAGAGGCAUUUUUGCACUGACAGUAGACUUGUCUAAAGACUGUACAUUUGAAAUCAAUACUACUAAUCCAUUUUACACACAGUCAAAUUCAAGACUUUUAAAAUGUCCUAUGUAGUCUGUAUAACGUGUCUCUAAAUGUACCCAUCCAAAUAUUUCUUUGGACAUUUAUCAUCAUUUUAUAAAACCAGUGACUUAAAGGCAAGUGACAGAGAAUGAGAGACUAUUGAAUCACUUUUAAAAACAUUUAAUAUUUGCUCUGAGCCACAUACCUAGUCCUUUUUCUAUUACUUAACUGACAAGAUACCCUGGCAACUGCAGUAUGUAGACUACUAUGAUAAUAAUGUAAUAUAGUAUCUUAAGAAUUCAAAGAGCAUACAGUAUGUAGAAGCUGGAUAUGAAUGUUAUAGAAUGCACCAUGCAAAGAAAAUGAAAUUGAUUGUAGAGAUUUUAAACUGUAGUAGCAGAAUCUGAAGUUUUACUGUUCCUCAUAAGCUUUGCAAACAUAGAAUUUGAAGCCUGAAGAGACAAGAUGCACCUUAUUACUAAAACUUACAACACAUACUGUGUUUCUGGACAAAGAUCAUAAAUGAGCAUAACAUGACCAUUAAGUAAAUGUGAAUGUUUAAUGGGGCAAAUUGUGUCGUCGAUCAUAGCCAGCUUGAAAAUGGUCAUGAACGAACCACAAAAAAUGUUUAAUGGAUGGAUUGUUUUUCCGUCCCCAUGCCUUUUAUUCUGACAGUUGAUGUUUAAAUCCUUAACUAAGCACAUUGAAUUUUUGUUUACAGCUAAUUCAUGGAUGUGUAUUUUGAAUAUUGUGUUAUUAAUUUGCCAAAUCUAUGUGCUAUGUCACAGGAAACUGUCGUGAUCAUAGUGUGUAUGUCGUGAUCAUAGUAUGAUGUCCAGGAGGUUGUGCCGUUGAAGACUGUCAGUCUGUAGUAGCCAAUCUAUCUGUUCUGAGUCUGUCAGGUCUAAAGGAUCCUGCAUAGUUUCUGGAGUUUUCUUUUCUCUCUGAGUGUGAAAUUAGUGUUUUGUGUAGAAGACCCUGCUUCUCAUUGUUUGUCUUUUAGGAUCUGUGCAAUAAGAGAUGUGGUUUUGCGUUUUGUAUUUCACCCAAGGAAACUCUAUGGAUGUCAUAGAUGUUGUAUUCUAUACAAAUAUUUAUACUUCUAAGGUUGUAUAAUACUAAAAAAUAAAAAGGCAUGACAUUAA